AUGAGAAACUGUUACGUUUAUCAGUGUGAUCGGCAGCACAAGAACGAUUCAAAGCGAACGAUGUUUAACGUUCCCAAGGAUCCUAAAAAGUUUGAAGAAUGGCGCCUGGCACUUCCCAAACACCGGCCCUUGCGCCCACACGAUCGGGUGUGUGAAAAACACUUCAAACCCACGGACAUACAGCGCGCUUGGACGUAUCACAUCGAGGGCAAAACGAAAAAACUGUUGCGAAUGAUACCGGUGCUCCUACCGGACGCUAUUCCCAGUAUCUUUAAUGUGGUGAAACCGGACGCUGGUACGGUUGCUACCGGCAAAAAGCGCAGAAAGAAAUCACCAGAACGUUCAGAAGAAGAGAAUGUCAUCGUGGUUGUGGAAAGUACGAGCCAACCAGUGGAGGAGCCGGUCGAUCGGGAACAGUCGAUGGUUAUUUUCAUAGAGGAGAGUGAAUCGAUGGAUGUAAACAAACCGGAUGUGGUAACGCCGAGUGAGAAUGGAGCGGUGGAGUCACUAGGCACGGAAAUGGAUGGCGGAGAAAAAGAAACCAUUUUCGAGGAACUGUACGAUAACAUCUUUGAGGUGGAACUACCAUCCACGCUUUGGGGUGUACACCGUGAGCCAGACAGAGCGUAUGUAGCGUUCAGUCGAUUUGGAUGGUGUCAGAGGGAUGGGAACAUGAGUAGAUCGGUAUCCCUGUUGAUUGAUAGUGCUUUGGAAGUUCGGGCCUGGUACGAUGGGACGCUAGUGUUUAGGAAGGAUCUUACAACUCAGCUGGCAUCAUCUCGGUCCGAUGAGAAUGAACACCCGGUACGACUGAACAUGAUCAUAGUGAAGUUACUAGAUAAUUUAGAGCAAUACACUGCCAAGGAAGAAUUGGUUGAUGUGGAGAAAGUUAGAGAAGGAUUAGAAGAUUGUUUAACAAGCGAUUCUAUUAAGGAAAGUAGCAUAAACGAUAGAGCCAGUAGUGAGGGAUUGGUUUCGACCAAAGACCUAGCAUAA